AUGAUUUCCACUCAAUAUUCACCUCAUCAUCAUCAAACAUUAUGGUCUUCAAGCAUCACCUCUUCUCAAACAGCCCGCGAUGGUGAAACCACCAACACCUCGGUUUCUUCCUCUCCCGAUAGCAGCCACUCAUUGAUACCAACUCAAGAACGCUUCUACACCAAAGAACAAGUGGCUCAACAUAAUACGGAACACGAUGCCUGGGUGAUUGUUCACGAGCACGUCUAUGAUAUUUCAGAGUUUUGCGAGACUCAUCCCGGAGGUACAGACAUUUUGUUGGAUUAUCUAGGUUCAGAUAUUACAAAAGUAUUGCAAGAUGCUUCACUCCAUAAACAUUCUUCAUCAGCCUAUUCCAUGUUGAAGAGAUAUAGGAUUGGAAAAUUGAAUGAUGAAGCAACAGCAGUUGAUGAAACUCAAAUUUCCAAAUCAGGUAACAAAACCCAAAGUUGCACUAACACCACAACUUCUGAAGGACCCGGAGCAUUGGCAGAAUCAGCUUUGGGCGCCACUACUAAUGAUGAAACCAUUUCCAUGUUGUUGAAAGGAAAGGACCCAGUCGAUUACUCCAAACCUCUCCUCGAUCAAAUUGGUAAGCUCGGAAAAGAGUACUUUGACUGGGUCUCGUACUCGGGACCUGUUUACUUUAAGGAAUCCGUUCCGCUCUUCAGCAACAAGUAUUUGGAGAUGACCUCACAUACUCAGUGGUAUGUGGUGUUGGUGGUUUGGUUACCUGUUGGGAAAGAUGGUUUCUAUGUGACCAAUAUAAUUCACUUUUUAUUGCAUGGAUUCCAUCACAAGCUACCAAUGGAUAAGGAUCGUUUGGUAGUUCCUGUGGCCUUAUUUACGAUUUUAUCAUCACCAUUUGUGUUUGCUGCUCAUUCAGUGUUACCAAGUUAUGCAGCUCAUGCAGUCAUUGCAGGCGCUUUUAUGGGUUAUGUGUUUUAUGACAUGCAUCAUUAUUGGUUGCAUCAUGCUGCUAAUGCAGCAAGAGCUCCUGAACCAUUUAGAACUUUCUUUACUAGUCAAAGAUGGCAAACUUUGAAGACUCAUCACUUUAUUCAUCACUUUGCUCCAGGAGGUGACGAGAAAAAUUAUGGAAUUUCAAAUCGUAUUGUGGACAUACUGUUUGGUUCCUUAAGAGAGCACCAUUAA